UUCAGGUGUGUCGGUUUGAGGAAGCGCAGGUAGAGAGUCUGCAAAACUUUGGCGGUUCCGACCGAGCCUUUUAUUGUUCCAGAAAAGUAAACAAUAAACAGAUCCUGCAGACCCUUCAGUUUGAAGCUUGAGGAAGGAAGACUGAAACCGGAAAAGCUGGAUCAAGCCUGUAAUUAUCGUCCAGGGAGAGCGUAUUUCAGUCCGUGGUGGUCGCACGAGUGCCUUUUGUUACUUUGUUCAUAUUUGUUCAAAACUGACUUUAUUUCGUCAUUAUUUACUCAAAUAACCAAAUAUAAUAAUAAGCCCCGUUUGGCGCGCGCUUUCUGAGAAAACUCCUAUAGUCGCGUGAGGUGGUGGAUCCAUACUGGGAUGGAUUUGUUUGUGCAGGAAGAGCCAACAACACCGGAAGAGUUGAAAUGCACACAGUAGGCUAAUUAGUUUUCUUUAGAUAGAGAAAUGGGCGAUAAUGACACCGAAGAGCAAGACUCUUUGCAGAAGGACGAAGAAGCUGGUAACCGAGACAAUCCGGUCAGAAGAGUUCGGAGGGUCGAGAAGUUUCAUAAGAAUGUUUCUAAAUGGAUGCUUCCCGAGGAGUUACAUGAGACUUAUCUGGAACGGGCGAACUGCUGUCCGCCACCGAUCUUCAUCAUCCUCAUCAGUUUAGCAGAGCUGGCUGUGUUUAUCUACUACGCUGUAUGGAAGCCUCAAAAACAGUGGAUAACUCUAGGAACUGGGAUCUGGGAUAGUCCUCUUACCUAUAGACCAGAACAACGCAAGGAGGCUUGGCGCUUUGUUUCCUACAUGUUUGUACAUGCCGGGGUGGAGCAUAUCAUGGGGAACUUAUUAAUGCAGCUUCUUCUGGGUAUUCCUCUGGAACUGGUCCAUAAAGGCUUUGAAGUUGGCAUGGUGUACAUGUGUGGGGUCCUCGCAGGGUCUCUGGCCAGCUCCAUCUUUGAUCCUUUCAGUGCUCUUGUGGGAGCUUCAGGUGGUGUUUAUGCCCUUAUGGGUGGCUACUUCAUGAAUGCCAUUGUGAAUUUCCGGGAGAUGAGAGUUCUUCUAGGAGUGUUUCGCAUCUUAUUGAUUGUUCUGAUUGUUGGAACAGAUGUUGGAUUUGCUCUUUAUAGAAGGUUCAUUGUCCACGAGGCUGGCCUGAAGGUCUCUUUUGUGGCUCAUAUUGGCGGUGGCAUAGCAGGCAUGACCAUUGGUUAUGUGUUUUUCACCAACUACAAUAAAGAGCUUCUAAAAGACCCACGCUUCUGGAUGUGCAUUGUGGGAUACAUCGUCUUCUUACUGUUUGCAGUCAUUUUCAAUAUCUUCUUGUCCCCAGCACCCGCAUGAGGUCAUCAAUGGACAGUCGAAGCUUUUUUUUAUUUUUAUAAAAGAAUCAGGUCAACACAACUGUCAGACAAUCCUGUUGGUAUUUAUAGACCCAUAAAGGGUUAGUUUAACUUAAACUGAAAACUCUGUAUUGUCCCAUAUUGUUCCCUCAGGUAAGAAGCUCAUCUUUGAAACACAAACGAAGAUAUUUUUAAAUCAAAUCUGAGUGAUUUAGUUUCUUCUAUUAAGAAUCUGUUUACCCCACACCUUUGACUAUGAAAGGAUCAGAAUCCAUAUAAAUAGGUUCACAUUUUAUGAAUAAAUAGAUUUAAUUUUGGUUUACAUUUCAGAAAUAUGGAUUUGGAAAUCUGUAGGGUUUCAUUAAAAGUAUCCUAAUUUGUGUAUUGAAGAUAGGAAGAUUUCUUAUGGGUUUGGAAUGAGAUGAGGGAGUAAAUUCACAUUUUACACUGAACUAACCCUUCAGGAAAUAUGCUAACACACUACAAGCACAUCUAAAGAAAGUAACUGUCAUAUUUUGGAUAUUUUUUAAAUGUAAUUAUUUUAAUGUCAUGUAAUUUAUGUUUUUUGUUUAGUUUUGUAUUGUUUUGCUUAACACAUGUCCUCAAGUAAUGUAUUGCCUCAGGGAAAAAAUAUGAUAAAAAAGCAUCUAUUUUUUAUUGUUUGGGUUUUACAAAAUCAUUGAGCAUUUCUGGACUGGCCAACAUUUUUAAUUCAUGACUAAACAGCUUGGUUUAUUUGAAUUCAGUUCAAUUUGUUUGGAGAUAAAUGCAUUUAAAGUUCACCAAAAAAUCUAAAUUUUAUCAUCAUAUAUACACCCUUUACUUGUUACAAACCUUUCAUUCUUCUGUUAAACACAAAACAAGAUAUUGUGAAGAAUUUUGAAAACCAGUAACCAUCGACUUUCAAAGUACAACAUUCUUUAAAACAUCUUCAUUCGUGUUUAGAGAACGUUUUUGUACUUAAAAAAAAAACUCAUAAAUGUUAGAGGAAUUUGUGAGUAAAUUUUGAUUUGAGGGUUAACUGUUUCUUUAAAAAAUUAGAGGUGUCAUUUUGAUACCAAUAGAGGGCAGCAUUGAUCAGCAUGUGGGCAUAGGAAGACGCUGACCUAUAAUUAGUAGGAAAUUGUAAAAUCAGUGCUAAUGACAUGCAUCUGUAUUUACCCUACGUAUUUGUCCCUAAUUAUCAAAUCAUUUAUUUUCAGAAAUGGGUUUGGGUUGGGAAUGUUUUGGCCAUAUGAAGGCCAUAUAGUCUUUUUAAAAUGAAAUAAUAAUAAAAAAAUGGUGCCAAUGUUUUUAAA